GUUUAAUGGUGUGUCCCUGUCUCAGGUAAAACAGGUGUGCGUGACGUCCACCUGGAGCUGAGGAACCUGACCAUGUGCGGCCGGACGGGGAACCUCCACUUCAUCCGCUUCCCGACGCAGGCCAUGCCCCGCUUCAUCCAGAUGGGGCGAGACAAGAACUUCUCCAGCCUGCACACCACACUCUGCGCCACCGGAGGAGGAGCCUACAAGUUCGAGAAUGAGUUCAGAACGAUGGCCGACCUGGAGCUGCUGAAGCUGGAUGAGCUGGACUGCCUGAUCCGGGGCCUGCUGUUCGUGGACCGGGUCAGCUUCAACGGACACCCGGAGGGCUACUACUUCCAGAACCCGUCAGACACCCAGAGCUGCGUGAAGAAGGACCUGCACCCUGGACAACCCUUCCCCAUGCUGCUGGUCAACAUCGGCUCCGGGGUCUCCAUCCUGGCCGUGUACUCAGAGAACGACUACAAACGGGUCACAGGGACCAGUCUGGGUGGGGGGACCUUUCUGGGUCUCUGCUGUCUGCUGACGGGCUGCGAGACGUUCGAGGAGGCGUUGGAAAUGGCAAGCAAGGGCGACUCCACCAACGUGGACAAGCUGGUGAAGGACAUCUACGGAGGAGACUACGAGCGCUUCGGCCUGCAGGGCUCCGCCGUCGCCUCCAGUUUUGGUCACAUGAUGAGUAAAGAGAAGAGAGACAGCAUCAGUAAGGAGGACCUGGCCAGAGCCACGCUGGUCACCAUCACCAACAACAUCGGAUCUAUAGCACGGAUGUGUGCCGUCAACGAGAAAAUCGAGCGCGUGGUGUUUGUUGGGAACUUCCUUCGUAUCAACACCGUGUCCACUAAGCUGCUCGCCUACGCCAUGGACUUCUGGUCUAAAGGACAACUGAGAGCCCUCUUCCUGGAGCACGAGGGUUACUUCGGAGCCGUCGGGGCGCUGAUGGAGCUGCUGAAGACAACAGAGGACCCGUGAAGGAAAUGACAUCAUCAGUCCUCCUCCCCUGAAUGCUGUGAUGUCAUCACCUCUCCAUGCUGCUGAUUGGUGGCGUUCACUGAGGCCACUAAAGGAACACUAAGACAGAGAAAAGCCAUUUUAAUAAUUUAACUCUUGUAAAUAAUAAUGAUGAUGAUGACCUCUAACCUUCAUCCCCCCCAGAGUCCCCUAUCAGAGAGGUUUUAAUAGUGUAAUCUUUAAUUUAUGGUUUCCUGUAAUCAGCCCUGUGUUCAGGAAGCACAGAGACGCUUUGACUAUUUACUGUGUUUACUGUUUAAUGUGUGAAUAGCUGCUGUAGCAUGACGUCCUUCAGGCUGCAGCUCACCGGGACACUCUCUGUGCAACAACUCUGUCACAUCACAUGUCCUCAAUCAGUAACGGGACAUGUUUACCUCCAGGGACUCAAACAAAGUCCUUUUCUGUGACAUCAUUUCACCACUAAUGCCUCCUGACAUUUUACUGAAGCUGUAAAACCAUCAGUUAGUGGUCACCCAGCUCCUACCUACCAUCAGCUGGUGGUCACCCAGCUCCUACCUACCAUCAGCUGGUGGUCACCCAGCUCCUACCUACCAUCAGCUGGUGGUCACCCAGCUCCUACCUACCAUCAGCUGGUGGUCACCCAGCUCCUACCUACCAUCAGCUGGUGGUCACCCAGCUCCUACCCACCAUCAGCUGGUGGUCACCCAGCUCCUACCUACCAUCACCCAGCUCCUACCUACCAUCAGCUGAUGGUCACCCAGCUCCUACCUACCAUCAGCUGGUGGUCACCCAGCUCCUACCCACCAUCAGCUGGUGGUCACCCAGCUCCUACCUACCAUCACCCAGCUCCUACCUACCAUCAGCUGGUGGUCACCCAGCUCCUACCUACCAUCAGCUGGUGGUCACCCAGCUCCUACCCACCAUUAGCUGGUGGUCACCCAGCUCCUACCUACCAUCACCCAGCUCCUACCUACCAUCAGCUGAUGGUCACCCAGCUCCUACCUACCAUCAGCUGGUGGUCACCCAGCUCCUACCUACCAUCAGCUGGUGGUCACCCAGCUCCUACCUACCAUCACCAAGCUCCUACCUACCAUCACCCAGCUCCUACCUACCAUCAGCUGGACGGCGGUGUUGGCAGCAGCUGAGGGCUGGAAGGCAUUUAGUUGUUGCACAGAAAGUUUCCCACGAUGCUCCAGUCCUUUAAGGAGUGCACUGAAGCCAAACCCUGUUGAGAUCUGUAGGACACCCGUAGACGUAUGAAGAGACCUGCCUCCUUCAGCCCCGACAGGAAGCAGAGAAUCGCUCUUUCAUUCUGUCUGUUGCUCCUCUAAUCAUGGCCUUUUCUUUUUCUUUCUUUCUCCUCCGUCUGCCUACACUAACACCAUAUUGCCACACACGUGCACCAUAACCACCAUAACCACCAUAACCACCCUGACCUGCUGAGUUUAGUGUACUGGUACGUGUCCACAGGAUCGGUCGUUUCCAGGCUUCCCAUUGGUCGUCUAUGUAACCAUCCGUGCAGCGAUGCACUCUGGUAGCGUGGCGGUGCUUUUAGAGAUACGGGGCGUCACGUUGGUCCAGCGGUUAGCACUGACUCCUCACAGCUAAAGGGUCGCACGUAUAAACCCGGCUUGUGUGGAGUUAGCAUGUUCUCCUCCGUGUAAGCCUGGGUUCUCUCCGGGUGCUCAGGUUUCCUCCCACAGUCUAAAGACAUGCAGGUUCAUUGUUGACUCUAAAUGUCCCGUAGGUGUGAAUGGUUGUCUGUCUCUAUGUGUCCGCCCUGUGAUAGUCUGGAGACCUGCACCCCCGACUUCAGAUCCACAUGCAGAAGGAUGGUUUCAUCUUUAGGGAGACAUCUUGGACCAGGACUAUUCCACCCCUCGUUUAAAGUCCACUAAUGUAAAUCAGCCUGAAGGUUAUUGUGUGAUAGUUGAUGAUUUAUCCUGAAGGCUGCUGGGGGGUGAAGUUUUAUUCACUUCAUUUAUAGAAAGAUAUGUUCUAGUAGUAGUUGGCUCACAUUCCCCAGCUAUCCCUAACUAUACCCCGACCACCUCCUUUAUCUCCACCGUGUGCUUCAUUUCAACCCGUCAUGAAACCCUCCACCACGCUAAACAUGUUGUUCUCAGUGCUUCUUGGUCUUUUCUUUUUCUCUAUAUUUGCCUUGUUCCAACGUCACGACGUUCCAACGUUCCAACGUCCCGACGUUCUAACGUCCCGACGUUCUAACGUCCCGACGUUCCAACGUUCCAACGUCCCGACGUUCCAACGUUCCCACGUCACGACGUUCCAACAUUCCAACGUCACGACGUUCUAACGUCCCGACGUUCCAACGUCACGACGUUCCAACGUCCCGACGUUCCAACGUUCCCACGUCACGACGUUCCAACGUUCUAACGUCACGACGUUCUAACGUCACGACGUUCUAACGUCCCGACGUUCCAACGUUCCCAUGUCACGACGUUCCAACGUUCUAACAUCCCGACGUCACGACGUUCCAACGUCCCGACGUUCCAACGUUCUAACGUCACGACGUUCCAACGUCACGAUGUUCCAAUGUCCCGACGUUCCAACGUUCUAACGUCACGACGUUCCAACGUCCCGACGUUCCAACGUUCCAACGUUCUAACGUCACGACGUUCCAACGUCCCGACGUUCCAACGUUCCCACGUCACGAUGUUCCAACGUUCUAACGUCCCGACGUUCCAACGUCACCACGUCCCGAUGUUCCGACGUUCCGAUGUUCCGACUCAUGUUUGAAUGAUAAUGUGGCCUUGCCCUAUCGGGCUGGUGUCGGUCACCUUGUGCCACCUUCUCCUCCUCGUCCUCUUCGGUUGCCUUCCAGUGGGCGUUGAGCCUGUUAAACCACGUCUGUGUCCUUUAAUUCACAUUUCUGACCUUCUGAACUUCACCUCAGUGUUUCUGUAACGUCGUGCAUUAGAACGUCUUCAUGUUCCUCUCUCUCUCUCUCUCUCUGUGCUUGUUUGGUAUUGUUUGCCAUGGUACUGAAACAAUGAAUAUGAUCAGAGAGACCAGCUGCUGGUCCCGACGGUGUCUCUACUGGAGCCUCAGGCCACAGCUCUCUCUAGAGAUAUUUAGAUAUCACAGAUGAUUCAUCAGAAGAACUGGACUUUUACAUGUUUUCAUUGUGUUUUUGGUUUGGGAACAUUUUUCUAAAGGUUUAUCCUCUUAUUGUUUUUGUCCUGCUGUUUUGAGGCCAGUAGUAAUAUUAAUAAUAAUAAUGUGAGUUAAUGUUUUUUUUCAUGUGAUUUAUAUAUAUACUGUUGUACAGAA